AUAUAAGGAAGGCUAAGCCGGUUUUCUCGCCCACUUCCUCUUAUCCAACGCCGAACCAUCUCAACCUAGCGCUGCCGCCGGCCAAAUCAGCGUUACUGAUGUUUUGGGCGGGAUUAGAUUGAGGAGGCUUUAUUAUUGUGCGGUUUCUUUCUUGGAUUUGCAUUGAGUGGUUGUGAAGUUUUGUGGACCCUAGGUUUCAAUGGCGGAUCGUAAUAACGUGGUUGCUAAGCCUGUUUGGAUGAAGCAAGCUGAAGAGGCUAAGCUGAAGAGCGAGGCGGAGAAAACGGCAGCCGCAAAGGCUGCAUUCGAAGCUACGUUCAAGGAUGUAGAGAAGAAUCAUGAAAAGGAGCAGGCUUCUUCCGAUAGCGAGUCUGAGGAAGCUGAGAAUAUGUCCAACAAGCCGAUUGGACCUGUUGACCCUACGAAAUGCAUGGCUGCUGGGGUGGGAAUCGCUGGCGGGACAGCGUGUGCACCGUCUUCUUUUAUGGUCGUCACGAAGGAUGCGGAUGGGAGGAAAGUGCCUAACGGUGAUGCACAGAUCAAUGUGAAGGUCGUGCCCGGCGUGGGUGUAGGGGGAACAGACCAAGAAGGAAUUGUGAAGGACAUGGGUGAUGGGACUUACACUGUCACUUAUGUGGUGCCAAAAAGAGGGAAUUACAUGGUCCACGUUGAAUGUAAUGGAAAACCUAUCAUGGGUAGCCCAUUUCCAGUUUUCUUCAGCGGAGGUACUUCUACUGGAGGAUUGCUGGGUGUGGCGCCUGCUUCCCCAUUUCCUAAUUUAGUUAACCAAACAAUGCCAAACAUGCCAAACUAUACCGGUUCAGUUUCAGGUGCAUUUCCAGGAUUAAUGGGAAUGAUUCCUGGCAUCAUAUCAGGUGCCUCGGGAGGUGCUAUCUUGCCUGGUGUCGGAGCAUCUCUUGGGGAAAUCUGUAGAGAGUAUUUAGCAGGUCGAUGUGCCAAUACUGAUUGCAAGUUGAAUCACCCACCUCAUAAUUUGCUGAUGACUGCAUUAGCUGCGACCACCACCAUGGGAACACUCAGUCAGGCACCUAUGGCACCUUCAGCUGCAGCAAUGGCUGCUGCUCAGGCAAUUGUUGCAGCACAGGCACUGCAAGCCCAUGCAGCGCAAGUUCAGGCGCAGGCCCAGUCAGCAAAGGAUUCGACUGGUUCAUCAGAAAAGGAUGUCAAAGGUGAUGCAUUGAAGCGAACAUUGCAAGUUAGCAAUCUCAGUCCACUUCUCACAGUGGACCAGCUGAAACAACUCUUUGGCUUUUGUGGUACGGUUGUAGAUUGUACUAUAUCAGAUUCAAAGCAUUUUGCUUAUAUUGAGUAUUCCAAACCAGAAGAAGCAACUGCUGCUCUAGCAUUGAAUAAUAUGGAUGUUGGUGGUCGGCCGCUGAAUGUUGAAAUGGCAAAAUCACUUCCCCAAAAACCAGCUACUUCUAGUCUUGGUUCGUCGUCUCUCCCAAUGAUGAUGCAGCAAGCUGUCGCCAUGCAACAGAUGCAAUUCCAACAGGCUUUGCUGAUGCAGCAGAGUAUGGCUGCACAGCAGGCAGCUAACAAGGCUGCAUCGAUGAAGUCUGCUGCAGAGUUAGCAGCUGCAAGGGCUGCAGAAAUCAGUAAGAAACUGAGAGCUGAUGGAGUGGUGAUGGAUGAUCAAGAAACUGCAAGAAAAUCUAGUUCUCCUUCAAACUCUCGUGCAAGGUCAAAAUCCAAGUCCUUAUCUCCUGUUAAGUACAGAGGGAGGCAUAGGUCUCCUUCCUACUCACCUCCAGCCAGAAAUCGGAGGGAACGGAGAUCCAGAUCUCCACUCAGAUUUCAUCAUCGCUCAAGCACUGAAGGUGACCGAAGGUCACAUAGAGAUGUAGGUUACAGCAUCGUAAAGAGUAGAAGGCGGGAUUCUGAUAGAUCACAUGAUCAUUAUUCAUCUUUUUCUAGGAGAAAUAGGAGUAGGAGUGUGAGUCCUCAAAAGAGGAAAUCUUAUAGAUCUGAUUCAGAGUCGCCAAGGCGUCAUCAAGAAGGUUCUCAUAGAUCUCGUAGAUCAGCUCGUGGUAGUUCAAGAUCACCAAGACGAAACCGUGAGAGCAGGUCAUCUGCAAAAAGAGAUGAUGGAGAUAAAUUAGGGGAAAGAAGGUCACGGUCAAAAUCUGUUGAAAUUGAUCGUCGUGGGAGUGAGAAAAAGGGUGACACAGGAGAGGAGCGAAGGCGGCACCGAGGGCGAAGAAGGUCCAGGUCAUUAUCUGCAGAAGGCAAGCAUAGUAAGAGGAAGUCCUCUCCAGGAAGCCCUGGUGGAAAAAAGCAAGAGCGUAAAAGGCGUUCCAGGUCUAGAUCUGUGGAACCUCAUCAGUCUCUUGAGAAGGAGGAAGAAACUACUGGUGAAAGACGAAGUUAUCACAGCAGAAGAAGGUCAAGGUCAAGAUCUAUUGGAGAUAAGCAUAACAUGAGCCAAAAAAUGGACAACAAAGAUGCGAGAUCAAAGCAUCGUGAUAGAAGACGGUCGAGAUCAAGAUCUCUGGAAGGUAAGCAUCACUCCAAGGAUAAGGUGGACGACAACAAAUCUAAGGCAUCAAGGCAUCGUAGCAGAAGGCAUUCAAGGUCAAAGUCUGCAGAGAGAAAGUAUCGAAAGGAUGACAACACAUUAAAAGAUAAGAAACCUUCUGGUUCAAAGUCUAAAGAAUCAAGGCAUUAUUCCAGCGACGAAAUGGAUGGAGGUAGUGACAAAGAAUUGGAGGUGCGCAGAGGACAAAAAUCCAGAUCAACUUCAACUGAGGUUGAUCAUAAUAGAGAAGGAUUGUCCCCCAAAAGGACAAAAUCAAAGAAACCGAGGCAUUCUACAUCCUUGUCUGUGGACCAGGAGGAUGACUUACAUGAUAGAUGGAACAAUAGCAAUGUCAAAAAGUUGGACCAUCAUAAUACCUUUGGUGAUGCUCGAGAUUCUGACAACGUUCCAGAUUCUGAUGAUAAUGGAAGGUUGGUUUCUGAGAUUGAGCAUUUUGACUUGGUUGAAAAGAUGCUUGAGGAAGAUCAUGAUGAUAUCAAGGGCUCGCCAAACCCAAAAAGUUACAAACAAGGAACAGUAUUGCAGAGUAAUGGAAUCUCAAUGGAUGCAGAGGACCUGUAGACCCGGCUGCGGUAGAUACUGGGCACUUAAGCUUUGAACUGCUCAGGUUCAUUUAUUCAGCAAAAUUGACUCUAGGAGAGAGACAUUAUAUGCUCUUACAAGUAAAAGGUUUGUUUGGGGAGACAAGUCGAAUGCAUCCUCGCCAUGUUCAGACAUUAUGAGAAUUCUGUGUCAUGUCAGUCAGAGAUAGCCGUGGAGUAUAAACCAAUGAAGCAAACUUAAAUUAGAUUUAGAUAUGGUGCUCCUGUGAUUCCAGGGCCUUCAUGGGGGAAGAUUGAGAAGAUUGUUGCUCGAGGAAAAGAUUUAUCCAGUUUGAAGAGUCUUGUUUCAUGUGCAGUGAUAGGAAUCUUGGCCUGAAGCACGGGACUUGCGCUUUAAAUGGAGGACGGUUUCGUUGGAGAUUGCUGUUUUAAUAUUUGGUUCUAAAAGUUUAUGCCAGUCGCUGGCUCGUCAUGAAUGUGGAGAUCUUUUGUUCAUCUUUUGCAGGUCCAUGUGGAAGUGAAUGAAGACUGUUAUGAGCUUGUCCCCAUAUGCUUUGACUAUUUCAGGAAGUUUUCUGCCUUCACUUGUGGUCAGCCACCCAAUGUUUGUGACGACUUUCUUUUUCGCUUGAUGAUGUUGGAUUAAUACACACUUGCUACUUUGCUAUUUUAUGAUCAGUUUCACAAUCACAUGCUUAGUGCCAAGUUAUCUGGUAUUUUUAUGUGUUGCUUACAUUAUUUCAUUCUCCAUAACUUAAAAGAAGUGAAAAUGGUAAUCAAUUUUAGGUAUAUCUUUGUUUUGCUUAUAUGUUCUUUCGUUUCUAUUGUAUUUGAUGGUGUGGUGGGCAUGUUAUAUAUCCCAUGCACAUGCAGGUCAUAUGUGGGGAUAUCUACAGAGCUCUCUUGAGAUCAGUAUGGACAGGGUUAAAUUGCACUGUGAUAAUAGAGGUAAGCUACUUUUGGAUUCAAGUGAAACCAGUUGCUGGGAUGGGUAUUGUCACGAUUGCUCCAUGUUGAGCAUAAGCAGAUUGGCCAGCUUGGUGUAUUUUAGCUAAAGGUCAGAAGCAAAUGUUGAUUUGAGCAGGUAAUGUCCGGUUAAACUUUCCGUCAGGUGUCAGCCUUUCCACCUGAUGUGCCUCAUCUUAUGGACAUGGAGAUUCGCCAUGUAAAAGAAAGGCGGUCCUAGGCAAAAAACCCUUAAAAACCAAUUUGAGGUUAUUUUGCUUUUUGCUUUCAUUCUCUUUGCAGUAUAGGGCCAAACAUAUAUCGAAAUACUUGCUGGCGGUUCCAAAUUUUAACACAUCAAUGCCUUGCGGCAGUUGCCUUUC